AUGGAUUCAAACUAGCUAAAAGAUUCUUACAAAAUUGUUGAUGAGCAUGUAGAUAAGAGGUUAAACCUUAAAAAUAGCUUCAAAACAAACAGCGAAAUUUUAUGCGUUAGGUUUGAUCCUGAAGACUCUUUGAUUGCAACAGGUAACCUAAAUGGAUCUCUAUAGAUAUUCCACCUUUAAUCAGGAUACUAAAAGCUAAAUAUAAAUGUAUCGGACCAGGGUAAUCCCACUCCUUGCACUGUUCUUAGAUGGAGACCACCAAAUUCCUCAGCAACAGUUAAAAAUGUGAUCACAACUGGUGAUGGAAACGGAAAUAUAAUAUAAUGGCAUACAACUUCAGGAAAGGAGUUAGAAAGGAUUAACGAAAAAGACAAUUAGAUUUUAUGUUUGGAUUAUGACAAUAAAGGUUAGUUUCUAGCAACAGGAGGAAAGGAUAGCACCAUUAGAGUAUAUGACGAAGUCAGUAAAAUAAUUGAAUAUAAGUUGCACGGACCUGGGUACACGAAUGAUUACUCUCAUUAAAAUAGAAUCUUUAGUGUAAAGUUCUUGCCAGAAGAUAGCAAUUUGCUAAUUAGUGGUAGCUGGGAUUAAAAUGUUAAUUUGUGGGAUCUGAGAGAAAAGAAAUGUGUGGGAAGCUUUAUUGGAGGAAAAAUAUCAGGAGAUAGCAUUGAUUACAAGAACGGAAAGAUUUUAGUUGGAGCAAAUACAGCCAAAGAUCAAAUAAAGAUAUUUGAUUAUAAAGAGAGGAAGCUCAUAACUGAAGUUGUCUAUGAUCCAAAUAAAAAAGAAAACGGUGCAUUCGUUUUUGGAGCUUAAUUUUAGAAGAAUAACGAUGAUACUAUUUCAGUUUGUUCUUCAGGUCGCAACGAAUUAAAAGUUUUUGAUCAGUAAAAAAAUUAUUAACCCUUGUCUACUGUUACUAAUUUCCCUAAAGGUGUUUACUCUCUUGAUUAUGCUAAUCAGACAAAUAAAAUUGCUUUUGGAGGUGCUGAUGGGUUGCUAGUCGUUGUGAGUUUACUGACAAAAUGA